CCCGUCUGGGAAGAGGGAGCGCAGAGAGAGGAGGAACGCAGCAGGGAGGAAGUCACCACAGCACAAAAUGACAUUGAAGAGGAUAAUGACAGAGACAACGUGACAGAAAACCCCAGGGAUGAUGAGAAGGAAGGAAGGACGGAGGCAACUGACCAAAUCGAGCAGGAACAAGAGGUGACAAAACUGGAAACAGCAAGGAGGCCAAAGAGGCGGGAAGAGGAGGAAGAGGAGGAUGAGGACAGCACAGGACCAAAGAAAGGCGAGUGUUCCGUGAUGGUGACAGACAACCACGCCACGAUCGGGAUGUUCUAUAUGACCACCUACAACCACGGCCACUGUGCCAACCGCUACCCCAUCACCUCCCCCAUCCGCUACUGCCUCGGCUUCUGUAACACACGCACCUUUGUCACACGGAAGGAGGGUAUGUGGAGUCAAGGCCACGAAUGCAAGAGCUGCCAACCUUCCCGAAUGGAGACUCUUCGCAUCCCAUUGGUGUGUGACGAUGGAUUCACCUUCGAGAAGAACUUCAAGAACGUGGUGGAGUGUCAGUGUACCAAGUGUCGUCCAGCGUCACGUUGAGGAACUGAUGAGGAACACGGAACACAGCCAAACCCUCCUGUGCUCCCCAAGACAACGCUGUAUAUAACGUAACGCUAAGUAAAGCAGCGCCAGGUUAAUACUAGUGUGAAGGACUGGAGACUGGCCUGCCUGUGUAGCCUACCUAGUCUCUGGUUCCGUUUUGUUUUUGUGUGGUGACUGACUGCAUUACGCCGUCAAGGUACACAGACACACACACACACACACACACCUGCUAGUGACGUCAUUCGGGUGCCACUUAAAGAGGGCCUGAGCAGAGGGAAACACGUGACCAGGGGAAGAAGAGGCAAGUGCGGUGGGAGGAAGGGAGAUGGACAGUGGGCGGCGGGGGUCACUGAUGCUGUGGAGGGAGCGAUUGACCCUUGACCUCUGCAGCAUCAAGGGCCACUACGUCAUCGGCUCGCGGCACCACUGGCACUGGCACCCUUCCCCCUCCACGGCACUCAUUAGCUUCAGAUGAUCAGAGAGAAGUGCCAGCGAAGCCCUCUCUUCCGCCACGCUCUCCUGCCCCGUGUGUGUGUGUGUGUGUGUGUGUGUGUGUGUGUGUGUGUGUGUUUCGCUUAUUAGGGACAUUGCUUUCCUAGUGUUAUCUCUGCUGCUGCUACUACUAUUGCUACUACUAUUACAAUUUCUCUUUCCUUCUCUUCUUAUCAUUCAUAUUCUUAUUCUCAUCAUCAUUAUCAGCUUUACUAUCAGUAUUAUUAUUAUCAUUAUUAUUAUUGCUAUUAUCAUUAUUAUUAUUGUUGGUAUGGUCGUGUGUGUGUGUGUGUGUGUGUGUGUGUGUGUGUGUGUGUGUGUGUGUGUGUGUGUGUGGAUGGCGCGUCUCAGCCGGCCAGUCUGGUGUAUAAAUAGCCGGACCAAAGGUUAUUGUUAUUAUCACUACCUUACUUAUUAUCAUUAUACAAUUUCCGAGGAGGACCAAAGGGAACAAUAGCAUCCGACAGUGUUGCAAACUGAAGUGUGUGCCAGUGAAGCAGAGAAAAGCACGUGUGCCUCCACAACAACAACAACAACAACAACAACAACAACAACAACAACAAAACCACCACCACUAUCACCACCACCACUACCGCCACCAUCACCACCAACAACAUAAGGAACAUGAUAAUUUUUUGUAUAUUCAUCAUAGCUACUCACUCUGCUCCAGUACACACACACACACACACACACAUUACCACACACCUUCCCUUAGACAUUUCAAGCAACACUCUUGACAUAUAUUUGUAAGAGCAGCUUUAAUUCCACCACAUAGUUUUUCAAUUCAUUUCUCAUCAGUACAUCUCAUCCACACACACACACACACACACACACACACACACACACACACACACACACACACACACACACACACGUUUCCACUCGUCACUCUCCACCUUGUCUUGAGUGGCGUCCAUUUCAUCGUCUUCUUUCCUCACCUUCACCUUGCUUAAUCUCUUUUCCUCUUCCCUCUCCCUCCCUCUCCUUCCCUCCCUCCCUCCCUCCCUCCUCUCUUCCCAUCCUUGGCUCGAGGACACACAGAAAGAUCCUUCUUCGAUAACUUAGUCACAAUCUUCCUCUUACAUUUCUUUCUUCAUAUGUUUUUUUUCUCCUUUUCCUUCUUAUUAUCUUUUUUGUAUUGCACCUGCCCAGCCUGCACACAUUGUCUUACAUCCUUCUCUUCCUUGUGUUUUCUUCUUUCGUUCCUUAUUAUCUUUGUGUUUAUCUGUCCAAAAUCAUCGUCUUACUGUAAUUUCUUUAUUUCUUUUCAUUAUUUGAUUUUCCUAGGCUGAUUUUCUUAACUGUCUUUCUAUCUUUACUCUUCGCCUUGCAGUAUUCACUUAUUUUCUAAUCUUUCUUGAAUAUCUGAAAAUUUUUACCUUUCACGCUGACUAAACGAUUAUUUUUUUUUUCGUCUAUUUACUGUGCACCGUCUGGCCUCAGUAAAUCACCUGUGUCAUUACCUGUGACUAAUCUCUAUUCUUCUACCUCUCAUACUAACUAAACGUCCCUUUUUUUUUUUAAUACUGUAAUCUGUUUAUCUGUUUUACUGUUUACCGCCUCACAACUCUAAACAUUCAUCUGUCAGUUCACUCACCUGUUUCUCCGUCUCAGCACCUGUUUCUUUACCUGUGAAUAGCUGUGUGUUUGCUUGUGGGUUUGCUUUCUGCUGCGUUUUGUUAUCAUCAUUUACUCUUGAAUGUUUGAAUCAAUGCAUACGAGUGAGUGAUCCACAAUUUAAUCCCUUCAGUACUGGGACACAUUUUUACCUUGAGAUUUGUGUACGAUUAGACCAUUUUAUUGACAUUAGGAAGGGUCUAUGAAGGUCAGAAGAUUAAUGGCAACAGUCUUCACUAUUCUAAUCCAUAUAAGUUUCUGAAGCUGUAUAAAAUCACCAAAUAGUAAGCAGAAUGAAUAUGGAAACUCAUCAUAGUACUGAAGGGUUUAAUCAUAUACUACGCUUAAUAUGCCUACCUAUCUGUGCUGGUCUGUAUAGUGCAAUGUUUUAAUCUCUCCCGCUAGAUAACAGUACAAAAUAAGAGCUUAACACUACCAGGGUGGAAAAACUUGUUAUAAUAUGACGCACGAGAUGAAUAAUAAUAAUAAUAAUAAUCAGACUAUACCACCAGACUG